GUAUGUACGUAUGUAUAAGUACAUACUCGUACAGUGAAAUGAAUAAAAUCGUGUGAUAAAAAUUAUAUAAAAUACAAACAUAAACAUUAAAAAAUACAACAAGAAUAUGAGACGUCAUUCAGUUACCUGAUCCUGUGGCAUCGCUUAUAAUUAAUUAAAUUCUAAAAGAAUCUACAAUUCUCUCACAAUUCCCAUUAAUAAUGAUACCUACAACAUUAUACAGAUACUGCAAAAAGCAACAAUAACAACAAACACCCACACAAGUACUCAAUCGUAUCCACACACAAAUACAUACAUUUAUACGUAAAUACAUUCAUCUAUAGAUACAUAUUCGGAGAACCACACAAAUGAGUACUAAACAUUUUUAAAUGAUUUUCAUACCACUGAACAAAUGACAAAUCCUAUGGAGCAGAGAAGAAAGACAUGCCAGUAAAGGGUUCCGUCUACAUAAUACUCAGCAAUUUAUUGCUCCAUACUUUAAAUGUUAUGGCCAUCUCAAAUAAUUUACUUCAUGGUGAAAUUACAGAUAUUGAAACAUAUAUUGGAUUGAAUGAAGACAAAGAUGAACUUCAACUCAAACUAAGUUGGAAGGAUAAUUUGCCUAAAGAAACUUCCUACAAUGUAAUGGUCACAGCAGUGAAUAGUACAGAAUGUUACGAAAUGCCAUGUAGUCUCUAUGGAAUUCAAAAGCCUAACGGUUUCGUUUUAAUACCAGACAAUCCAAUUAGUUAUUUGGAUAUCGUGGAGUGUAGAUACAUGUUUGGAUGCAAUUAUACAUUGGUGGUGGAAAACUCUAACGCAGCUGUAUCUAAACGAAAACUAAUAACAAUUCCAUAUUGUGUGUCAGAUGUGUGCUCGUGCCAACACCAAAGUACACUGCCAAAAGUAGAGAUGGUGGGAUCAAUAUUCAACAAUCACACCAUCCAUUUAAAAUGGUCCAUCAAAAGCGACUAUGAAAUAUUUAAAAAUAUUCAACUCAAAAAGCUAUCAAUCAUCGUUAAUGAACAAACUAAUCCAUCAUUAUCAUGGGGUGGUAAAAAUCUACCAAUUUUGGAGAAAAUUUAUCCAUUAUUAAAUUCGUCUACAUCAUCGCCCAAUCGAAUACAACAGGGUAUAUUUAAAAUUGAAAUUAGCCGAGAUUUAACACCUGAAACUGUUUUAAAUAUACAUUCGAAUGUUAUCGAUGAGUUGCAGUGUCUGGGGCCGUCUAAUGUUAUAAAAUUGAAAGUGCCUUCAAAGGAAUCAAUUUCACUGGCAGACGAUGAUACGGAUGUAGAUAAUAAAAAUCUCGUUGAUAACAAUGUGAGGUUAGCGUUAAUUGUUGUAUCUGCGUCCUUUUUGACAGCCAUAAUAUCGGUUCUUAGCUAUUAUUUUUGGACAAAAUGCAAAAAGUCAAAGCAUGCCAUUGGUCUACAAAGUAAUUCUGAAUUAUUAACAACUGCAAUUCCAAUGGAAAGCAACGUUAACUACGUCCCAUAUAUUGAGUUUCAGGAUGUACAAAGGAAUUUUGAAAUAUCUGCCGACGAUAUACACAUUGAAGCCGAAAUAGGCGAAGGUGCAUUUGGUCGUGUUUAUAGAGCUACAGCGAUAAAUUUGAAGCAUGUGCGGAGAUCCGAGUUGGUCGCUGUUAAACAACUUAAAAAUAUGUCAACUCGGGAAGAGGAAGACGAGUUUUUGAAAGAAAUAGAAAUGCUACAAAAUGUGGGUACUCACAGCAAUAUAGUUCGGUUCUUAGGAUGUUGUACAAUGACUAGGCCAUAUUUUGUGGUAAUGGAAUAUGUAGGUCGUGGAGAUUUGUUGUCAUACCUACGCAAAGUACGUGAAGAAAGUACAAAAUUUUUACACAAAAAUGCCAAUUAUAAGAAUUGUCGAUCUUCUGAGAAGCCGACUGGACAAAAUGAAAUGAAGUUGAAAUAUUUGGAACUGAAAAUGUCAUCUACACAAUCUAUCGAUAGUGAUAAUGAGUCUACGACACGUGCUCCUAUACCAUCAUUUGCUGAAACCACAUAUACUGUAAUCAACGACGAGAACGAUCUAGAUGCGAUGCUUUUCGAAUAUCGGCUGGACAAUAAAGAACUUUACGAUUUCGCUCUACAAAUAGCAAAUGGCAUGCAAUUUUUGGAGGAACAAAAAAUUACUCAUCGCGAUUUGGCUGCUCGGAAUGUACUGAUCGAUGAUAGAAAGACAUUGAAAAUUUCAGAUUUUGGGUUAUCCCGUCAUGACGUAUACGUUAAUACCAAACCAAGAAAGCUGCCGCUGAGAUGGCUUUCGAUCGAAGCAAUACUUGACAAUAUUUAUACGAAUAAAAGUGAUGUAUGGGCCUAUGGUGUGGUUUUGUGGGAAAUCGGCACAUUAGGAGCGUCUCCAUAUCCUACAUUAAGUAACCAUGAGCUGGUAAAGUUUCUGAAAAUGGGAGGACGUUUGGAAAAGCCCGAUAUUUGCACUGAACAAAUCUACGUACUGAUGUUGAAAUGUUGGAAUGAAUUAUGUGACGAAAGGCCAUCGUUUGAAGAGAUUUACAAAAUGCUGAGUGCAAGCAGUGUUUACAUUGAUAUUAGCACCUUAAGUGACGACUACGUAUUUCCACCCAUUAGAGACAAUGACUAGUUGAUUGUCUUAGUUUUUUAGUUACUUAGUUAGAAUAAUUGAAAUCAUAAAAACUGAUCGUACAAACAUUUCACUUUUAUAAAGUGUUACUUAUUUUUACGUACAUACAUACAUAUGUAUGUAUAAAUAUAAUAAUGAAUGAAUGU